AAAAAAAUGUGUCACAUAAUUUGUCAAUAUGGUGGAUGUUUGUUUGUGCGUUGUUAUGGUACAAGUUGUGUUUUUUUAGUAAAUGUACAGUGAAUUACGUAUAAUAACCAUCGGUGUUGUAAUAAUAAAGAAUGGAGUGUACGCAACGGCUCGAGUGCACGCAAGAUUUAUACGAUGCACGGCCUGAAAGAAUUUGCCCAGAACAGAUCGGUUUUCUUGGGAUAUGUGGAGUAAAGCAUCCGGUGAAACGUGGGCCAAACAAAAUUGGAAGGGAUCCUCAAACAUGCAGUAUUGUGUUGAAUUUGAAUUCAAUUUCCAGACAACAUGCUGUAAUCAAUGUGCUAAACCAAACAGAAUAUAUGCUCAUGGAUCUAGAUUCAGCUAAUAAAACAAAAUUAAUGGAUAAAACUCUACCACCGUAUAUACCUCAUCCUCUGAAGAAUGGAGAUAUGGUCCAAUUUGGAGAUAUAUUUGGUGUUUUUCGAUUACUGGAGGAAGAUACUGACUUGCCAAUGACUCAAGCUAUUGACAUGCCUGAAACUCAAAUUCCAGAGACACCAGUUUCAAACAAACACAUUUCCAAGGCAAACAGAAUUCCAGUUACUACUAUUCCUGAGUCUCCAGAUGUUAGUGACAAGGAUGAGUCUUUCAUUGUACCAUCACAACCGAAGAGAGAUAAAUGUUUUAGAAAUUCCAAUAGUCACUUUGUGAAGCCAUCGUCCAAAGUAAUAUCCAUACAACCAAUAGGAACAAAUAAAAUUGACAAUGUUUACUGGAGUUCAUCAAAAAGAUCACUUUCGCUCAAUUCACAAUUCAAUGAUUCUGACAGCCUGAAUGAUUCAACACUUUCUAAUAAAACUGGUAAACAGAGCAGCGAAAAAAGUAUCUUUGAAAUGGAAACUCAACCACCUGUACCACUUGCAGCAGAUGAAAGUACAGAUUCUAUUUACACUGCUGAUACACAAGUCCCGGCAGUUCAUACACCAAAUAAACAGGUUCCAAACUCUAUUUACACUGAAAAUACACAGGUUCCAAGCUCCAUAUACACUGAAAAUACACAGAUUCCGAGCUCCAUACAUGUUGAAAAUACCCAAGAUUUCAACUCUAUCCACAAUGCAUGCACACAAGCACCCACUUCGAUUCACACAGAGAAUACGCAGGCACCAUCUACAUCCCCAUCUAUCCAUAACAUAAAUACGCAACUACCUCCUUCGACACAUCUGCCCGAAGUGUGCAAAAUAAACAAUCAGCAGGACAUGCAAAUUGAUUUGUAUUCCUCCAGCAAUAAACAAAAUAAUAAUGAUAGCAUCUUUGAUGCCGAAACCCAAGUCUGUGCCCAAGAAGUGGUACCCAACAAAAUUAAUAAGAAAACAGAACUGGGUGACAAAAGUCCAAAUAAAAUUAAUGCAUCAGGUGAAGAAAUUCUAUUUGAAGAAAUGGAAUGUGAUGAUUUUGAUAACAAUUUUGAAUCACAAGCAUUACUGCCUACAGAAAAAAUAUUGGACCUUGAGAAAUGUACUAGUGAUGAAAAGAAAUCUGAUAAUACUGCAAAUAAAAUGGAGACACAUGUAAAUAAAGUGAAGAAACCAGUGAUUAUUGAGUCAGAUAGCUCAACAGAUUGUGAAGAUGUUGAUAUGGUGCCACCAAAACACACAGAAAAGCAAGGAGAUGAUGAAGAUGUAACAGAUUGCGAAGAUUUAUUUGAUGAUGUGCCAAAAAAGCCUACUAAAGAACUCAAAGAAAAAGUAAAUAAUAAUAGUUUUGAAGACAUGCUAACACAAGUCAUUUGUGAAGAUAACACUGCCAAUAAAACUAAUCAAAAUGAGAAUUUUGAAGAUAUGCUUACUCAAGUGAUUGUGCCAGAGGAUGAAACCCCGAGCACUUCAAAUAAACCAAAUACAAGUCAAGUUAGUUUUGAAGAAUUGCCGACUCAAAUUAUCGUUGAUGAAAAUGAAGAUGUGAUUAUUGCAGAUAAGCCAAUCCCACCCAAAGAUAACAGUUUUGAAGAUUUACCAACUCAAGUAAUAAGUAACAAACCAACUCCAAAUAAUGUAGCUGAAGAUUUUGUCAGUCCAUUUAAAAUUCCUCUGAUGUCGCCCCUAAAGGCCAAGAGAAAAAAUAUUAAAGUUGUAACACCUAAAACUACCCUAGAUGAAAAUAAAAUGGAAUCCAUUGUUAUACCAGAUGAUGAUAAUUACUAUGCAGCAACACAAGAUAUACUUGAAGACUUAUGUACUCAACCAGCUGAUAUCUCGCCUCAUAAUAAAAAUAAAGCUACAGGGCCAUCAAAAAUUCCUGAUGAUGACUUCCUACCUAGUUCAGUUGAAGAAUAUGCAGUAGGCAAGCGUUUUCCACAUCUUGAAAACAAUUUGUCUCCAAGAAAGAAUCUAAAUAGAUCUUUCGACAGUAGCGACGGAGAUGAAAAUGUUAAUAAUUUCGUUUCCAAAUUGUCAAGUCAACAGAUACGGGAAGUGAUAGGUGUAGAAUCGGUGGACAAAAUAAAACGCGUGCCAAGUGAUUCUUCCGAUUUAGAACUAACUCCAAAAAAAAUUCGUCCAAUAAGAUUUAUGGAUAUUGAUUUACCGAAUAGUCAAGAAAUAAAAACUGGCGUAUCAAUGCACUCAAGGACACCCGUAACAGAAUCAUCAAGCGAGUCCGAGGUAGAAAAUGAUUCCGAAGAAUGCACUCCCAUUUUGUUUCGUAAAAAGAAAAAACCUAAAGUUGAUGCUAAAAUCGAUUUGACGAAAAUGUUUGCAGCUGAAUCUUUGCCUACUAGAGUAAUAACACGUGUCCGUAAACCCACAAAUAAAUAUCAAAACGAUGAAACUAAUACAUUGUCCAGAAACAUACUAAAACCUAAAUAUUUGACAGAGCAGGAAGAAGAAAUUGAUAAAGACAUAAUUACAGAAAAUAUAUCCAGACUCAAAAGUAAAAGUGAAAAAUCUAAGAAUAAAGAGGCAAACAAAGAUUCAGGACGAGAAACAAAGAGUAAGAUUUUAGAUCAAAAAGUGAGCAAAGCAAAAACUGAAAGUAAAAUUAAAGAAAAGGACUCAAAUAACACAAAUAAAAUUGACAAAUAUUUAGAAAUUACCAAAAACCAUAAGAAUGACAAAAAAAGUCCAAAAACUGACAAAGCAUGUAGCAAAGAUGAUGAUAUUGCUGUAGAACCAUUACAUGAGACAAGUAAACAUAAAGAAAAGUCUGGUAAUGAUAAAAAAAUAGACGAAGUUAAAAAGAAAGGGUCAAAUCGAAGAAGUAAAAACGACAAAAAGUGUGUCACUGAUGCAAACACAACUAGUGCCGUUUCUCCGAAAGAUGCAAGUGUCAGCCAAAUUACAAAUGUGUCCAUUGAAACCAAUACCAGUUCUGUAAGUACACGUAGUACAAGGAAUAAACGUAAAGUUGACGAAUCAAAAGAUAAGUGUUCUGUUAACGACAAUGACAGUCAAAGUGAGAAAAAGAGUAAACCAAGUAGAAAACAGAAUUUGAAAACGAUUGAAAUCGAUCUAACGGACGAACCAGUUGAAGUUAGGCGAAGUAGACGACAGAAGCCUAACGAAAAGAAGGAAACUAAGGAAAAAGUGGAAAAAGUUGAUGACAAAUCAUUAGAUAAAACUGAUAUUGAUAAAAGUUUGAAACCUGUAGCGAGGAGGGGGAGACCGCCAAAGCAUGGGCGUCCUGUAAAAGCCGAGCAAAGCACGAUUUAUAGUUUGUCGUCGGAGUCUGGUGUGGACUCGCCGAUGAACGUGAAACGCUCAGCUCCAGAUAACUUGGAUCCUCCGAGCCCUAAGCGAACCAGGUCUGCGGCUAACUCGAGAGCUACACCAGCGAGGAUGAACAAAACGCAGUACGUCUUGUUCACUGCGUUUCCAAGUGAAGAAGUUAAGGCCAAACUGGAGAACUUGGGAGCAGUAGUAGUAUCAGACGUGAGCGCGUGCAGCGUGGUGCUGACGCUAUCGAUACGGCGCACGUUCAAACUGCUGUGCGCAGUUGGGCUGGGAAGACCUGUAGUGGGCCCCGACUGGGUGCAGGCCUGCGUAGAUUCUGGCGCCAUUGUUGAUCCUUGGUUGUACAUUUUAAAGGAUGAGGUGGCUGAAAAGAGGUUUCAGUUCAGUUUACAGAAAACUUUGGUAGGAAGCCGCAACUUCCUAAAAGGUUUUAAUUUGUCUUCCACUCCCAAAGUGAUGCCUUGUACUGAGGAGAUGAAAUUAAUAGUGGAAUGUUCCGGUGGUACGUGGAAGGAACAAGGCCCGCAAUGGAUAUGCGUGUCAUGUAAUGCAGACAAGGCGUUAUGGCCCGCACUCAGGCGAAGCGGCGCUACCAUCGUCUCCACAGAGUUCAUACUCGGAGGAGUCUUACGGCAGAGGGCAGACAUCACAAACAAUAAACUCUGAAUUAAGUAAGUCACGGUUCAAAACCCAGUGGCAGUAAGGCCUUAAUUAAUGUACAAAUUAGAGGCAAUAUUACAUUUGAUGGAAACAUUGCUUGAAAUUGUUAUAUCUGUUACCAUGUAUCGAUUGUUUUUUAUAUACUAAGCGGCAACCAAACCUCUCUGGGAAGUUUAUUUCUGCCAGUGACCAGCGUUAUUAGUUCUGAUAUAGUGUACCUGCAGUUCCAUUGUUUUUUCGUUAUUCUGUGGGACGAGUACUAGUAAGUAGAUUUCAAAACACAAUCGGGUCGAGUUGUUCACACUACAACUCGCUCGUAUUUUUUUUAUUUAUCACUUCACUACACUAGAAAGGAAACUAACACCAGAUUGUAAAAUUAAGUCCAUUAAAUUUAAAGCUUUAAUAAAGAUCGACCAUGUUUUCCGUCUACCCUCCACAGAAUCUGUAAUGAUUGUUAUUCAUCGCAGACCUAGUCUUUUAUGAACUACCCACCUUUUCCAGUGAAUUCUGAAGCAAUAUUUUAAAUAACUUAAUGCUUUUAGAAGUACAUUUUUUUGUAAGCCUUAGUUUCUAAUGGUUACGAUAGCUUUAGUUGUAAAUUUAUUGUUUUAGAGAUAAUAAGGGCAUUCCUCUGUUUGAGCAACUAUUAUUUUGUUUUCUUUUGUACUUUUUUAACUGUUAACGGAACUUUGUGUAGGUGGUGACUACUUAAAACUUGUUAUUUAUGUAUGUUGUAAAUGUAAAUAUGUACCAAAUACCUUUAUUUUUAUACUGUGUGUGUAUUAUGUUAUAAUUUUAUAAUGAUAUCUAUUACGCAAUUGUUAAUUUAUAUCACAUUAGUAUUCUAUGGGUACUACUUUACUUUUUAAUUGAAAUUCCUGUAUGGCCCGUUUUAAUUUGAUGUUCUUCAAAAUGAUGAUGUAAUUCAAUUGGUAUUUUAAUGAUUCAAUUAAUGUUUUUAUUCAAAUCUACUCCAUAUUAUCAGGAUUCAGGUCUUUAUCAUUUUAUUUGAAAUAUAAAUUUGUCAUUUUUUUAAUAAUUGUAACUACCUAAUG